AUGCUGGGCUCGGUGAAGAUGGAGACUCAUGACCUGGCCGAGUGGAGCUACUACCCGGAGGCGGGCGAGGUGUACUCUCCAGUGACUCCCGUGCCCACCAUGGCCCCUCUUAACUCCUACAUGACCUUGAACCCUCUCAGCUCUCCCUACCCUCCAGGAGGGCUUCAGGCCUCCCCACUGCCUACAGGACCCCUGGCACCUCCAGCCGCCACAGCACCCCUGGGGCCCACCUUCCCAGGCCUGGGUACUGGUGGCGACAGUGGAAGCAGUACUUCCGGCUAUGGAGCCCCAGGGUCCGGGCUGGUACCUGGCAAGGAGAUGGCAAAGGGGUACCGGCGUCCACUGGCCCAUGCCAAGCCACCAUAUUCCUACAUCUCUCUCAUCACUAUGGCCAUCCAACAGGCGCCAGGCAAAAUGCUAACCCUGAGUGAGAUCUACCAAUGGAUCAUGGACCUCUUCCCAUACUACCGGGAGAACCAGCAACGCUGGCAGAACUCCAUCCGGCACUCGCUGUCCUUCAAUGACUGCUUUGUCAAGGUGGCACGCUCCCCAGACAAGCCGGGCAAAGGCUCCUACUGGGCCUUACAUCCCAGCUCCGGGAACAUGUUUGAGAAUGGUUGCUACCUUCGGCGUCAGAAACGCUUCAAGCUGGAGGAGAAGGCGAAGAAAGGAACCACCAGGAAUGGCGCGGUGGGGUCAGCCACCUCUGCCACAACCACAGCGGCCUCAGUAGUCACCUCUCAGGCUCAGACCCAGCCUACGCCUUCUGAGCCCGAGGCCCAGAAUGGGGAAGAUGUGGGGGGUCUGGACUGUGCCUCUCCCCCUUCUUCCACACCCUAUUUCACUGGCUUGGAGCUCCCAGGGGAACUGAAGUUGGAUGCACCCUACAACUUCAACCACCCCUUCUCUAUCAACAACCUGAUGUCAGAACAGACACCAGCACCUUCCAAACUGGAUGUGGGGUUUGGAGGCUACGGGGCUGAGAGCGGGGAGCCAGGGGUCUACUACCAGAGCCUCUAUUCCCGCUCUCUGCUCAACGCAUCCUAG